GCGGCAGCCCGGCUGCUUCCUGCCGCAUCCCGGCCCUUUCCUGUGGUGUCUCUGCAUCCGGAGGACAGGGCAGUGUUCAGCUGCGGGACUCGCUCUCCGCUGCCCGCCCCACGCAGCGGGGUAUAACCGCAGACCCGCCCCGCCUGCCUUCUCUCAGGCCCUACAUAAAAGGAUACAUGUUCACUUCAAAUAGAAAGGACCAUGUUCCCAAAUUCUUCCAACUUGGGUCAUCCACCCUUCUCUCCAAAAUACCAACAGCAGAGUACUUUCAUCACUAAACUUCCUCUAAAUAUGCCUCCUACUCUUCUUUCUCACCAGCAAAUUGUUGUUCCUCCAUUUCAUCUUCACAGUGCAGUUCUUUCUAGAGCUCUUUUGAGUGGGAAUGUUGAAGCUACUCCAGCUGUUACUCCAGUUGUUACACUGCAACCAGUGACUUACGGAAGUGUCAGUCCAGUGUCAACAUUGCAUGCCCUGACGUCAUUUCAAGGAAGAAAGAGACAAAGUCAACAGAGUGUUCGAGAUGAUGCCAAACGGCAGCGGAUUCAUUCGCACGAUUGUGAUACAGCUGUUGUUAACCAAGCAGUGCCUUUGCCAAAAGAACGUAGAUGCUCCUUCCCAGCAUCAGUUUCAGUUCAGUCUCCCGUGUUGCAUGCAAGUGGCUCACCAGCCUUAAUUGGAUGUGUCCCUCCUUUGCAAGAUACUUUGUUUCCAGAUCCUACAGAAACCAGGCUCCCGGUUGCCAAGGACCAGUUAAGUAAACAGGUUUUGGAGUUGUUUCAAGCAUGUCGGCAACAGGCCUCUGAUUUGGACAGAAAAGAGCUUUGCAGAACAGAACUCCAGAGAGAAAUUCAGCUAAUUUUUCCACAGAGCAGACUUUUCUUGGUUGGGUCCUCACUGAAUGGAUUUGGCACUCGUACUAGUGAUGGUGAUUUGUGCCUGGUGAUUAAAGAAGAGCCAGUGAAUCAGAAGACUGAAGCAAGACGUGUACUCAGCUUAGUCCAAAAACUCUUCAGUACUAAACUUUCAAGCUACAUUGAGAGACCUCAGCUGAUCAGAGCAAAAGUGCCAAUAGUGAAAUCAGGGAUAAACAAUGUGGAUUUCGACUUGAAUGUAAACAAUGUGAUAGGUAUAAGAAAUACAUUCCUUCUGAGAAGCUAUGCAUUCAUUGAGAAUCGAGUUCGUCCAUUAGUACUUGUUGUUAAGAAGUGGGCAAGUUUUCAUGAGAUAAAUGAUGCCAGUCGUGGUACUUUAAGCAGCUAUAGUCUUGUGUUGAUGGUUUUGCACUAUUUACAGACCUUACCUGAACCCAUCCUUCCAUCCCUCCAAAAAAAUUACCCAGAAUGUUUUGAUCCUACUAUGCAGUUGCAUUUUGUUCAUCAAGCGCCACGUACCAUUCCUCCUUACGUCUCAAAAAAUGGAUCAAGCCUUGGAGAUUUGCUAAUAGGCUUCUUCAAAUAUUAUGCCACAGAAUUUGAUUGGAGCCAUCAAAUGAUAUCAGUUCGUGAGGCCAAGGCUGUUGCAAGACCUGAUGGUAUUGAAUGGAGAAACAAAUUUAUUUGUGUAGAAGAGCCCUUUGAUGGGACAAAUACUGCUAGAGCUGUACAUGAGAAACAGAAGUUUGAUAUGAUCAGAACUGAACUUGCACAGGCUUGGCAGUUAUUACGAGACAAGAAAGACCUGAACUGUAUAUUGCCUUUAAAAAAAGGAGGCAGACAGAAAAGAUAACCAGCUUCUUUCAUUUUCCCUUUUUUUGGAUCCUGCUGAAAUAAAGAACAGUGUCAAAAUCAGGAGGCACUCACCCCAUGGUUUUUACGACCUGUUUUUCUCUGUAAACUUUUGUUAAGGAAAUGUUUAUAAGGAUGUGGCAUAUUUUAUUAUCAGUAUUUGUUAAUACAGCUGUUCAAGAUACGCUUUCUGAACAUUCUUGCAUUGUUGACUUCUAGAAGAAACAGCAAACAAGAAGAAUACAUCUAUUUUAAGGAAAGUAUGGGGAUAUACUGACUUGUUUCUUGCGUGAUCUGUGUAACCAUUAUUUUGGACAGAUUUAACCAUGAAGGAUAGACAUUCAAAGUUAAACCAUGUGCAAAUCUGACUACGUCCUUAAGGCACUGUGCACUACCAACUUCUUGGUGAACAGUCUGUGCUUUACAUCUGCUGAAUUACAGUAAGCUCUUCUGCUCAACUUAUCACUUUGCAGUUUUAUUUCACUUUUGCUUGGAAUAACAAGCAACUGUGUAUGAAAAUGAAGCUAGAUUAUGGUUGGUAGUACUCUCAAUAUCAAGAACUACAAUCUAAACCAAAAUUUUCAAGCAACAGUUGUACUACUAAGAAGUUGAAGUAAAAAAGCUCAAUUCAAUGCACAUAAAUACUUUACAUUCACAGAGAGUAGGAAGGAAAAUUUUUAGUGCUUCCUUUUACGUAUUUGAAGUAAUAGUGGUGCCUCUUUUGGAGAAAAAGACCAAAUCAAAAUCAAAACACCUCACAUCAGUGCUAAAAUAAGCUGGGCUUCUCAUUUGAUUUUGUGUAAAUGUUUGUGAAUUGAUCAGCCACAGUAAAUUGAAUCUAAGGAAUAUUGAAAAUUGUAGCUCUUCCAAAAAAAAAUUGCAAACUUUCUCUUAGACCUCCUAUAGCACAAUUUGUGUCUUUCAUAUAUUCGUUAUUGAAGACCGAUUAAUUUUUAAGGUUGUAUUUACCGCUGAAGUUGAAUUCAUACUUCCAUUUUUUAAAGUUUAAUAUUUUAUAUGGUGUCCAGUGAAAUAAAGUUUAUAUAUGGAAGAUAUGGGUUAUUUUUCCAAUUUAUGUUAUUUUGUACUGCAUAUUUAAAAUAUUUCCUAUAAUUAAGUAGAAUAGGAAAUGCCCCAUGAGGCAAGGCCCAUGUUGCAAUUCAUCAAGAUCUAUCAUGGCUAUUCUGUAGUACAUCUGUGAAUUGGCAAAAGUUUGGUUUAUUACUUCUCUAACAAGAUUAUGAAAACUCUUAAACCAUAGAAUAACAAGCAUUGUGUCUUCUUGUGCAAACUUUUAAGUUCUAGUUUAUUUAGAAAAACUAAAUUUACUGUAAACUAUAUGCCUGAUGUGAAAUUACUUCCUACACACUUUGUCCUUGUCUAGUCUAUGUAGAUUUUUGCCUUUUUUCUGCAAUUGACUUUUCUUCUCUAUUUUAACUAAAACUUUCAGUUUUAAUAUGACUCUAGCAGUCCACUGAAAUGAUCUUCCUCCUUGCAUAUGUUCAGCCUCACUGCCCUUUUUCUGUAGGAUGGUAGACUUUACUCUCGUCACUGAAACAUUCACUUUGAUUCACUUUAUGUAAAACUGAAGCACAAGAUUUUAGGACAGAAUGAUGUCUGGAUUCAAAGAUGCAAGUUCUAUGUAGAUUCUGGGAAAAGAGAAUGUUGGCUAUAUCUUCUAAAAAACAAAUUGGCUAGGGGACAAAAACGUUUAAAGUUGGUGUAAAUAUAUUUAAGUGAGCUGAAUGUGAGAAACAAAAUUUUAUAAAAGGCAUAAAACUAUCUUAUGAAUUUGUAUUGCAUCACCUAAUGUGUCAGCAUUUCUUACAUAUUAAAUUAAUGCUUCAUGUUUAAUUUAAUUCCUGACUUUUUUUUAAAAGGUUAGUUUAAAAACAUUGUGGUAUCUCUGAGCUACUCUAUAAAAAGUGCCCUACCAGUUAAGUGGUAUUUUUAACACAAGUUAAAGUUGGUAACCACAACAGUCUUUCAAAAGAAUUCUUUCCAAAUUCUUUCAAAAGAAUCCUUUUGUAUUUUUUCCUCAAGUUUAUGUCUUUCCGAUAAAUCAUGUCUAUAACCAGAAAAUCUAGAUGGUAGUUUUCCCCAAUUUUUUGGAUCAGACCUGUUGAUAGCAUUUUUGUUAAAUAGUGGGCUGCAACUUUUGUCAGAAAACUUCAGAUGUAAUACCACAAAGUAAAUGGCUUAGAUGGAGUGGGUAGGAGCUGGACUUUAAUUUUGGAUUCAGUUCUGUAUAGUCUGAAGCUGUUCGAGGUUUAAUGAUCUGUGUUUUCAUCUACUCUGGGCAAGUAUUCAGAGUAAAAAAUGUAAAUUUUAGUGUUAGGGUAAAAUUUUCAACUUUCCUCAGCUUAAAAAUAGAACCUUUUACCUUCUUAUCCCUUGGCAUACAUCCUAGCAGGAAUAGUUUUUUCUGAGAGGUCUUUAGUCAAAGGUAUUUUUCACAUGGUGUCAGUGUGCAUGCAAGAUCCUGUCUUCUUUGAAAUUUUUUUUGCCUUGAAAUAAAACUGCUUCAGUUCAGCGCUUUUAUUUAUUUAAUUUUUUAAAUUAUUAUUCUUGACUACUCACUUUGGCAUUGGGUUUUCUUGUCUGUUCUCACCUCAUGUGUCAGAAACCACUAGUGUCUUCUCUAAGAUUUUAAGGACUCUCUUUAGUCCUUCAGGACUGAAUUAACAGGCUCAGAGGAGCACAGUAGGACCAAACAUUGGCAAGAGCUUCAUAUUUGGUGACAGAAAUGCAGAACUAGCAUAGGCUAUGCACUGUGAAACUUUAAGUUUCUCUUCUAGCUCUUGCUCUCACUUGUCCUAAAAUGUGAAUAUGUAAGUGAAUUCUCAUUACCUUUAGGUGUGUUGACAGUAUAAGGUGUUACUUUUUAAAAAUCCCUCACAAAAAAAUCAAUAAAAUCAAUUUUAAGACUCACACUGCAGGGUGACAGGGUCAUUUGGGAGAAACAGGCAGUGAUGAUAAAAGGAUGUAAGAUGAUUUGUAUAAAACCUGAAGUUAGCAUUUGUGAAUACAUUAUAUUUGUGAAUCCCAAACAUUUAUUUGGAACUAGUGCUUUACUUGAGCUUGUGUUACUGGACUUGAGUCACAGUGUAUUUGAUGUUAAAUUUAAGUUAAUCAGAGAAUGUCACUCUAGAUGUCUUCUACAAUACAUCUUCUUGAUGUAUUGUACUUGUUACAGGUUGUCCUGUGUUUCGUGGUUUGCGGGUUUUUUUGCCUUGUUCACUGUAAUCCUUGUGUUUUAAGAUAUAAAUAUUUCCAUUGAUUUUACUGAGUAUGAUGCUUGUCUGAAGAGCAUGAAAGAAUGUGCAAUUUUGGUCCAUUUACAGGUCAAAUUCACUUGUGAGAAGUACAGAUGGAAAUAAGGUGAAGAGUUUCUGGUAAAAGAGUACUUAGCUUUCUCUUGCUGUGCUAAAUACUGAAUCAAAACUUGUGCAAUGUAUGAAUGUUUCAUCUAUAAGCAUUUCUAGAAGACUUGUAAAGCUCUUGCCUUCCACAUGAAAUUUAAGGAAGAGUACUUCAUACUCAUUACAUUUUGCUGUGUACACUGACUAUGCUCAUGAUGAAAUGUGGAGUUUACUUUAGUUUAAUAUCUGUUUCAAAUACACUUUUCAAAAAAUUA